CUCUUCGCUCUCGCUCGGCUCCCUCUCUAGCUGACCUUCCCUUUCCCUCACGCCUCCCCACGCCCGGCCCCGGGCCCCAGCACCCUGUCCGCUGCCGCCUCAGAGCCGGGAAAAGCAGCCGGAGCCCCCGCCGCCCCCGCCGCAGCGCGGGCGGUCAGUGCGCAGCCCGGCACCCGCAGCCCGCAGCCCGCAGCCCGCAGCCCGCAGCCCGCAGCCCGGAGCCAGAUCGCGGGCUCAGACCGAACCCGACCCGACCGCCGCCCGCAGCCAGGCGCCAUGCUGCCGCUUCUGCUGGGCCUGCUGGGCCCAGCGGCUUGCUGGGCCCUGGGCCCGACCCCCGGCCCGGGCUCCUCUGAGCUGCGCUCGGCCUUCUCGGCGGCACGCACCACCCCCCUGGAGGGCACGUCGGAGAUGGCGGUGACCUUCGACAAGGUGUACGUGAACAUCGGGGGCGACUUCGAUGUGGCCACCGGCCAGUUUCGCUGCCGCGUGCCCGGCGCCUACUACUUCUCCUUCACGGCUGGCAAGGCCCCGCACAAGAGCCUGUCGGUGAUGCUGGUGCGAAACCGCGACGAGGUGCAGGCGCUGGCCUUCGACGAGCAGCGGCGGCCAGGCGCGCGGCGCGCAGCCAGCCAGAGCGCCAUGCUGCAGCUCGACUACGGCGACACAGUGUGGCUGCGGCUGCAUGGCGCCCCGCAGUACGCGCUGGGCGCGCCCGGCGCCACCUUCAGCGGCUACCUAGUCUACGCCGACGCCGACGCUGACGCGCCUGCGCGCGGGCCGCCCGCGCCCCCCGAGCCGCGCUCGGCCUUCUCGGCGGCGCGCACGCGCAGCUUGGUGGGCUCGGACGCGGGCCCCGGGCCGCGGCACCGACCACUCGCCUUCGACACCGAGUUCGUCAACAUUGGCGGCGACUUCGACGCGGCGGCCGGCGUGUUCCGCUGCCGUCUGCCCGGCGCCUACUUCUUCUCCUUCACGCUGGGCAAGAUGCCGCGUAAGACGCUGUCGGUUAAGCUGAUGAAGAACCGCGACGAGGUGCAGGCCAUGAUUUACGACGACGGCGCGUCGCGGCGCCGCGAGAUGCAGAGCCAGAGCGUGAUGCUGGCCCUGCGGCGCGGCGACGCCGUCUGGCUGCUCAGCCACGACCACGACGGCUACGGCGCCUACAGCAACCACGGCAAGUACAUCACCUUCUCCGGCUUCCUGGUGUACCCCGACCUCGCCCCCGCCGCCCCGCCGGGCCUCGGGGCCUCGGAGCUACUCUGAGCCCCGGGCCAGAGAAGAGCCCGGGAGGGCCAGGGGCGUGCAUGCCAGGCCGGGCCCGAGGCCCGAAAGUCCCGCGCGAGCGCCACGGCCUCUGGGCGCGCCUGGACUCUGCCAAUAAAGCGGAAAGCGGGCACGCGCAGCGCCCGGCA